UGUACACUGACUGUGACACACGGUCACCGGUACUAUUGACAAAGCAUGUCGGCCAAUCAUCUAAUCAUCACGACCGCCCUGUAUAUAAACAGCUAACUGUGCUCGACAUCUACCUUUCGUUGUUUCUCCCUCUUUCUUGUUGCAUUUAUUUAUUUCAGUACCAUGGGUUUCUUUUCAAAGUCAUUCGACCCAGUCACUGACCUCCCAGACUUGUCUGGUAAAGUCAUACUUAUCACAGGUGGCAAUGCAGGUAUCGGCUACUCGACUGUGAAGCACCUGGCACGUCGUGGUGCUAAGGUGUACAUGGCCGCACGCAACCAAAACAAGGCAGAGGAGGCGAUCGCGCAAUUGAAAGCAGAGGGACUGGGUCCUGGGAACGGCGAUAUUAUCUGGUUGGAACUCGAUUUGAAGGACCCUCGGAACGCGAAGAAAGCGGCAGAGGAAUUUAUGAAGCAGGAGAAGAGAUUGGAUGUUCUCAUUCACAAUGCUGCGGUGUUGGUUGAAAGUUAUGCCAUGACACCGGAUGGUGUUCAGGAGAUAGUGAUGGUCAACGUCAUCAGUCAUAUCGUCCUGACACGCACCCUCCAACCGCUGCUGGACCAGACAGCAGCAGAACCAAAUUCAGACGUCCGCAUAGUCGUCCUCGCUUCAGAGGCCCACCGGUUUGUAUCAGGGGAAACUCGUUUCCGCAACCUUGAUGAUAUUAACAACGAGCUCAAGAGUUCGCUUUCACCCAGCUUCGCGCGUUAUUGCAUGUCGAAAUUCAUGAAUAUGCUCUACGCUUCUGAACUUCAACGACACCUCACCGCUGUUGGCUCUCCUAUUACUGUUAUCGCCAUUCACCCUGGAGCAGUCAACACCUUCAGCGAUAAACCACCCCUAUCUCACUUCAAGUUCAUCGUCAAGCCCAUCGUGUCCCUCUUCUUUUUACAUCCAGACCAAGGUGCAUAUAACUCGGCGUUUGCAGCUGCGUCGGAAGAAGUGGCCAAGCAACGCGAGAAGUACAAGGGCAUGUAUUUAACACCGGUAGGCAAGAUAACGGAGCCAACGAAGGUGGUAAUGGAUGAGGGACUUGCAAAGGAGCUUUGGGAUACUGUGGAUAAGUUUUUGGAGGAGAAGGGGAUUUGAUGGAAGAUUUGUUUUAUUGAUGAACUGAGAUUGAUGCAUGACGAGCAGCCGUACCUCCAAGAGGUGUUGAAUGGACAAGGACGUUAAUCUCAGCACUAAAUUAUGAUGGAACAAUUAUCCCUGUUGAUGCACGGCACUGGUGCCCAUCCAGGCUGCGCGCUUUUCCUCUCCUUUGUGUAGUACAUCUUUCUAUUGUGUUUUACAUCUUACUGUAUGACAUUUCUUUAUAAUCGAUUUGUCGGCCCUUC